AUGGUGCUAGUGAUGGCUGCAGUGGUGCAUGGUGAAAAUGAGGGAGGUGGCAUGACAGAUGGAGCUGACCAUGGGCUCAAUGAAAAGAAAACAGAAGAUGUAAAGCAAGUGCAAACAAUUGGGUCUCUUUUUCCAGGUGGAGGCAGCACAGGGCCAGGCAUUGGUGUUGUUAUACAGCCAGGCAUUGGUGGUGGAAGCCUACCACCCUUUAGCAGGAGACCACCCGGUGGAGGUGGAAUUGGGCCUGGCUAUGGUGGUGGAACCGGGGCAGGACUUGGGGGUAGAACUAGACCCGGGAAUGGUGGUGUAACAGGGCCUGGACUUGGCAGAUUUGGGCGCCGGUAUGGUGGGGGAAAUGGGCCUAGGUAUGGCGGUGGAAUUGGGUCUGGACCGGGCGGUGGCCGUCCUGGUACUGGGCCUGGAUCCGGGUACGGGGGUGGAGGGCCAGGUGGAUAUGACUAUGAUCCUGAUUAUGGUAGCCCUGGCGGAUCAGAUUAUGAACCCGGCUAUGGUUCGCCGGGCUAUGGUGGGCCUGGUGAUGGGUUUAACGGUGGAGAUGACCCGGGUUACGAUGGAGGCGGGUAUGGGCCGGGUUAUGGAGGGAGAGGGAACUCACAUGGCAGAGGUAAUGGGGGUGGAUAUGUUCCACCUUGA